AGGUGUGCUGCUCAGGUGACCCAGGUGGGCAGCUUUGAGCCCUGUCCUAAGGAAUGCUGGGGCCUCUUUGUAAAAUUGCUUUUCUUGGGUUCUCACCAUCCCUGCCACCAUUGGCUUUGCACUAACAGCUGUGGCCAGGCUGCCUGGGAGGGUCCUCUUUGUCUUGGUCCAGGCCACCCUCUGAGGGGUGGCUGUGAAGCGGAAACACUGGCUGAUGGGGGAGCUUCAGCCCCACCCUCCCCCACGGCUCUAGGAGGGGCGGAGUGGAAGAGGCUGACUGGCUGGGACCCUGGCAGGGUGCUGACUUCUUGAUUUGGCUGCACCCACUCCUCCUGGAUGGAAUGUGGCAAGAAAGGACAUGCUCUUUGCUGCCAGGCCCACCUCCCAGCCCAGCAGCCACAGAGCGGGUUCCCCGUCUCAGCUCCAUCACAUUACAAUCCAGUAGCUGAAACUGGUGACCCCUCUUUUCAGAGAGGUCACGUGUGAAGUCAGGACUGCCUGCCUGUUAUUUCCCUGUGGGAACAUGGGGCACUGAGGUCCUUUUAGUGUCUUCUUUGCCUGUUCUACCAACAGUGUUCCAGAGCUCCCCAGUGGCUCACCGGGUUAAGGAUCCAGCAUCGUCACUGCUAUGGCGUGGGUUUGAUCCUUGGCCUGGGAACUUUUGCGUGGCCAAAAAAAACACAAAAAACAAAAAACACAGUGUUCCAUUUUAACAGCUAAAGCAGCAGAUAACACCCAAUGUUACUAGAGAUUUACUUGUAAAGCUCGCAGGUUUCGCCCCACUUUACGUUCCAGGGUACGUAGAAGACAGAGACUUCUCUCCCCGAUUUGGGUUGUUGGUACAGGGGCUAAACUCUGCCUGGUUGGGUGCUGCCCACUGGGAGGCCUGGGACAGGCUGCCCCCGUCUCCUGGCUCACUGCCUUGUUCCAGAAAUAGCUUGGUCUUCCCGGCACUUCACUCAUCGGUUGCUGCUUCGCAUUUAUAGCCCUUUAUGGAAUUUUGUUUCUUCUCAGAAAGUUUUAUAUUCUCUCAUGACUAUACAGUCAACUUUGACGCCUCUGCAUCAGAAAACAAGCUCUCGUAGUGGUUAUAAGGAGAAGCCGGGCCCACUUUGUUCCUGUCAUCCGAGGCACGCAGAACUUUCCAGCGACUGUCAGUCCGCUGCGGCCAUGGCAGUCUGGAAGGAAAUGGAAUGGACAGUGGCGGUGGAGUGGACUUGGCCAUGCCUCACUCAGCCCCCGAACCAUCAUGCAGAAGAUGAUGGAUUUGGAUGUCCUUCUAUGAAGAAAUGCCACGUGUCUCUCCGGGCGCAAGAACAAACAUGUCCAAAUUACUGCCACCUUAGGGGACUAGGGCUUGGUGACAGCGCUUCCAGGGGCAUCAGGCGUGGUCUGACCCAAGAGCAGGAAGCACAUCAUCACCAAUGACAUCAUGACAGCAAGAGAGCACAGCCCUCGCCAUGGCGCCAGGGCCCGUGCGAUGCAGCGGGCUUCCACCAUCGAUGUGGCAGCCGACAUGCUUGGCCUCUCCCUGGCAGGAAAUAUACAAGAUCCAGAUGAGCCUAUUUUAGAAUUCAGCUUAGCUUGCAGUGAGCUGCAUACGCCAUCGCUAGAUCGAAAACCAAAUAGUUUUGUGGCAGUGAGUGUGACCACCCCACCUCAGGCGUUCUGGACGAAGCACGCACAGACGGAGAUAAUCGAGGGAACCAACGAUCCUAUAUUUCUAAGCAGCAUUGCCUUUUUUCAAGACUCUCUUAUCAAUCAGAUGACACAGAUCAAACUCUCCGUGUACGAUGUCAAGGAUAGAUCUCAGGGAACAAUGUAUUUACUGGGCUCUGGCACAUUCAUUGUCAAAGACCUGCUCCAGGACAGGCGUCAUAGGUUGUAUUUAACACUAAGGUCAGCAGAGAGUGACCGCGUGGGUAACAUCACUGUGAUGGGCUGGCAGAUGGAGGAGAAGUCAGACCAGCGUCCGCCCGUGACCCGGUCUCUGGACACUGUCAACGGGAGGAUGGCCAUGCCAGCGGACUUGAGCUUGACCGAGGCCUUGGGAAUCCGAUCCAAAUAUGCUUCCUUGCGAAAAGACACUUUACUGAAAUCGGUGUUCGGCGGCGCCAUCUGCCGCAUGUACCGGUUCCCGACCACUGAGGGCAACCACCUGCGGAUCCUGGAGCAGAUGGCGGAGAGCGUGCUGUCGCUGCAUGUCCCCCGGCAGUUCGUGAAGCUCCUGCUGGAGGAGGAUGCGGCCAGGGUGUGUGAACUGGAGGAGUUGGGGGAGCUGUCCCCUUGCUGGGAGAGCCUGCGGCGCCAAAUCGUCACUCAGUACCAGACCGUCAUUCUCACAUACCAGGAGAACCUGACCGACCUCCAUCAGUACAAAGGUCCCUCGUUCAAAGCGAGCAGUUUGAAAGCAGAUAAAAAGCUAGAAUUUGUUCCCACAAACUUACACAUACAGCGGAUGAGAGUUCAAGACGAUGGAGGAUCAGAUCAGAACUACGACAUCGUCACCAUCGGAGCACCGGCCGCACACUGCCAAGGCUUCAAGUCAGGGGGUCUCCGCAAAAAGCUGCACAAAUUUGAAGAGACCAAGAAACAUUUUGAAGAGUGUUGCACAUCAUCCAGCUGCCAGUCCAUCAUCUACAUACCACAGGACAUUGUCAGGGCCAAGGAGAUCAUCGCCCAGAUCAACACACUGAAAACCCAAGUGAGUUACUACGCAGAGCGGCUCUCAAGGGCAGCCAAGGACAGGUCUGCCACCGGCCUCGAAAGAACCCUCGCCAUCUUGGCCGACAAGACCCGGCAGCUGGUCACCGUGUGUGACUGCAAGCUGCUCGCCACCUCCAUCCAUGGUCUGAACGCCGCCCGGCCUGACUACAUCGCCUCCAAGGCCUCGCCCACCUCAACUGAGGAGGAGCAGGUGAUGCUGAGGAAUGACCAGGACACCCUCAUGGCCAGGUGGACAGGCAGGAACAGCCGGUCGUCUCUGCAGGUGGAUUGGCAUGAGGAGGAGUGGGAGAAGGUGUGGCUGAACGUGGACAAGAGCCUGGAGUGCAUCAUCCAGCGGGUGGACAAGCUGCUACAGAGGGAGCGCCUGCAGAGCGGGGGCUGUGAGGAUGGCUUCCCCUGUGCCGGCAGCUGCACCGGCAAGAAAGAUUGCAGUCCCCCUCCUGAAGAGGCCAGCCCAGGUGAGUGGAGCGAGGCCCUGUACCCGCUGCUGACCACCCUCACAGACUGCGUGGCCAUGAUGAGCGACAAGGCCAAGAAGGCCAUGGUCUUCCUGCUCAUGCAGGACAGCGCGCCCACCAUCGCCACCUUCCUGAGCCUGCAGUACCGCCGUGACGUGGUCUUCUGCCAGACGCUGACUGCGCUCAUCUGUGGCUUCAUCAUCAAGCUGAGGAACUGCCUGCAUGACGAUGGCUUCCUGCGGCAGCUCUACACCAUCGGGCUGCUUGCCCAGUUCGAGAGCCUGCUGAGCACCUACGGGGAGGAGCUGGCCAUGCUGGAGGACAUGAGCCUCGGGAUCAUGGACUUGAGGAACGUGACCUUCAAAGUCACUCAGGCCACUUCUAACGCGUCCACCGACAUGCUGCCCGUCAUCACAGGAAAUCGGGACGGCUUCAAUGUGCGGAUCCCCCUGCCGGGGCCCUUGUUCGAUGCCCUGCCGCGGGAGCUCCAGAGCGGGAUGCUGCUGCGGGUCCAGCCUGUGCUCUUCAAUGUGGGCAUCAAUGAGCAGCAGACGCUGGCCGAGAGGUUUGGUGACACGUCUUUACAAGAAGUUAUCAACGUGGAGAGUUUGGUGCGGUUAAAUUCUUACUUCGAGCAGUUCAAGGAAGUUUUGCCUGAGGAUUGCCUACCUCGAUCUCGGAGCCAGACGUGCCUGCCAGAGCUGCUGCGUUUCCUGGGUCAGAACGUGCACGCCAGGAAGAACAAGAACGUCGACAUCCUCUGGCAGGCUGCCGAGAUCUGCCGCCGCCUUAAUGGGGUCCGGUUCACCAGCUGCAAGAGCGCCAAGGACCGCACGGCCAUGUCGGUGACGCUGGAGCAGUGCCUGAUACUGCAGCACGAGCACGGCAUGGCCCCACAGGUCUUCACCCAGGCCCUGGAGUGCAUGCGCAGCAUUGGAACACGGGAGGUAGUCACCCAGAAGAACUUGAGCGGCCUGGUGCCCAUCCGAGACUUAAGGCUAGACCCCAGCCUCCUCUGUUCCAUCCCUUUACUGGCUCUGAGCCCCAAUCUACUGAUUGUGUGGCUCUUUCUGAGCAUAGCAUACCUGGUGGCCAAAUUGCGUUGCAAAUGAGUAUCAUUAUGAAAAUUAAUAAAGUCACAAGAAAAACAAAAGUGCCAGAACAUGUCCAGCCACCGAGUACCUAACUGGACAGAAGGAAUGUGUCAGAGCAUGGUCUGCCACGAGAUAUUUCAUGCCUUACAGUUUGACAUUUUGUUGUUCUGAACUGUAAAUACCUGCCAGAUUAUCUCACCAAGAGGACGUGUUCGUUUAAAUUCUGUCGAGUUUUCAGUGCUUGUACCAUGUUCUUACAGAGCCCUGUUACUGCGUUGUUUAGCUGGCCUAGAAUUACUUGUACCAAAUCUCUUACCUUCUGAUGUGAAACUAUUUAUUACCUGUAUAUCUCAUGUGCCCUGUUUCCUAGAGAAAGGAAAUCUGUCUGAAAAGAAUUUGUAUAUUUGAUACUAUCCUUUAAAUGUACUGCUAACCUUUCCUUUCCUUUGGAAGAGAAAUGAAAAGGAUAGAUGGCUUUUCUAACUGGCUCAUCUAGAUAAACCUAUUUAAUAGGACAUGUACUUUCUGCUUUCAUUUCAAAGCGUAGUCCCUGAAAUUACAGUAGCAAACAGUUUGCAGAAUCAUUACAUUUCCUUGCUUAUGUUAUUAUUUCCAAGUUGAGAUGACACAAAGCUGUGACUACAGUAGCUCACUGUACCAAAUCAGGCACAAAAAAUAACAUACUGCAUGUGACUUUAAAACUCCUCUUUUAAAUCUCUAAGGUUCAUUACACUGAUCCAGGAACUAAUGGAUUAAAGUUAUAUACAUUUAUUUUUUUUGAAAUAGCACUUUUCAUUAAAAAACAAACACACCUCUCUUACAAAUCAAAUGUGGUUAAUAAUAACAACAAAAAGAGUAUAUCAAAAUUUCCCCCAAAAAUGCGGCCUAACUUUUGGGGCAGUCGUGCCUGAUGGAGCUGUGAGAGAGAAAAGGUUGCUUUGGGUUCUGCUCUUAUCACCCUGCAUUUAACAUAGCCGGGUCUAAAACGGGGGCACCUGUAAACCUGGCAUCCCGUGGGGAAGGAGGCCAAGGCGCGGCCUCUCAGAGCAGCAGCAAAAGCUGGGAAACCCCACGGAUCCUGUACGGAAAAGGGAGGCGGCUUGUGUUCCUAUUCACAUCUCCUUGUGCUUCUGUUAUGGAAGUGGAUUUUCCUUCCCCAGUCUAGAAACACUGGAGUGAAUUUAGAGAAGCAUGUCUUUUCCAGAAACUUGACGCCCAAGCAUGCGCCCAAACCCAGUCCACUGCAAAAUCUGGCCUCUCCAUUCUCACCCCCAGGCUCGAAGAACUUCCUCUGGGGUUUCUCUGGUUUGGCCUCAGAUCUGAGUCUGGGUUCUGAAAGUCGUAGGAGCAGUUAGCAGGCUUUAAAUUCUGAGAUAGAAGGUGGUCCUCCUCACAGCCCUUGUCCUGGGCACCCUGGGCACUGCAGGAGCCUCUGGCAGGUGUCACCUGAAGCCGAGGCCCCUUCUCCUCACAAGUGCAGUGUGGUCACUGUCUUUUCUUGAAUAAGUCAGGUGGAAGCCCUGCUCUCGGCCAUCCUUCAGGGGGAGACUCACCAAAUGCCAUGUAAUAGGUGGUGGCAGGUUGUAGCCACAUGGCAGUAGUCAGAGGUGAGGUCCCAUCCUGCCUGUGACUCUUGGAGAACUGUGUCCACCAUUGUCCUUGUCUACCUGGAGGUGUACACACUGACUCUCUGAGACGUCCUUGUACUGGAAGGAGGGCAAGCAGGGUCCACCGUUCGUGUUCUACAGCUCCCAGCCCUGCUCUGGGUCAAGCCCUCCAUCUGCCCUUUCGAGGAGGCGGGAGGAGAAACUCCCCGGCUCCAUGCCCACCUCCAGGCAGGCAGAGAGCAUGUGCAGAUGAGGGGGGCCCUUCUGACCACACGCCCUCCUCUUUCUGGGCCUACCUCCCAGCACAGGGGCCGUGGCCAGCUAGACAAGCCCUGCCCAGGGGCCCCACAUGGCCUUCUCCUUCCCACCCCGGCCGCAGCUGCCCAGGUGUCAGCAGGGUUUCCUGCCCCUCACAGGUGUGGCUCCUAAGAUGGGAGAGAAAUAGAUGGAAGUAGAGAGGAUAAGGUUCUGGGUUUUUCUCUUCAGGGUCAAAAGACGGUAUAGUCUCACUCUGCAAUCACAAGGCCAGGUAGAGAGACACUGGGAGAUCUGCCGAGGCUGUGUGUGGGGUGGUUCUUGUCUGAGAAAGGCAGCUCGGCAUGCUUGCCCUUUGAGCUGAGUUUUAAUGUCACUAAGGCCUUAGGAAAUCAAGCUAAGUAUGCAUUUGAAAUCUUUUUUGCUUUAGUAAGAAACAGGCAGUAUAAAACAAAGAUGGGGAGAUGAUUCAAGAAAGGGGAGCCAUGGAUACCUGGUGAGGGUUUUCAGGUUUCUUCUAAGCUAAUACUAGUACCGAGACGUCCUAGUUCAGGGUCACUAAGGCAUUGCUGUGUCCAGGAGUUCUACAGAGGAAGAUCCCUACCAGAAAGAGGAAAUCAAAGGUGUCAUUUGGGGUUUCAGUUCUAAUUUUUUAUUUCAAAAAAAAAGAUGUCCUUGAAAUAAUUUAUCUAUAUUAAAAAUCAUAUAGCUUUAGAAUAAUUAAAUCCCUCUUUCUCAAAUCUAUCCAAGACCUUCUCAGGGUUCAUUAUGGUGACUCCUAAAAAUUAUGCAGCCAGCGUGUGAUGGGUGGAGCUGUUCUACCUUAGGGUGGAGCUGGUCUCUGUGGCAGGAAAUGCCAGGUCCCCCAGCCCAGCCUCUCUUCUGUCCACACCCGAGUCCCACGCACCAAGCCAGAGCUUGUUCAGACAUGGGGUGAUAAGAGCCAGCAUGCACGCAGCCUCAUUAUUAGAUCCUGUAAAUUCAAACCAAAUUCAGACUUUGGAAAGAAAGUAAGCACAAUUUGGUUUUAAAAAACUGAAACAAAAGUGUAUAACUUCAUGUAUAGUUUAUUCAGCCAGCUAAACCAGUAAUUAGCCUCUUUAACAUGUAAAUAAAAAAAUAAUGUUGAAGUUCACAAGUUAUUCUUCUUUGUUCUUCAAAGCAGUUGAACACUCACUAGUGUGAGAGGUGGUUUUUGAGACGUGUGUAUGUUUCUUUGUAAGUGGAGAAGCCAUAUCUGAAAUAGUCCUGUACUGUAAGAGCUUCCAAAGAUUAAGAAGAACCUCUAUAGCUUCUGCUCUAAAUGGAGUAUUUUUUCCUGAUUAUUGGAUGUUAAACCAACGUGAUCUUUCCUCACCCGAGGGGCUCCCUGCUCACGUGGCCUAGGUGUUCUGCUUAGAUGACACACCUCUAGCUGAGGGCUUUGAGGCUCUGGUGACAGGAACGCAUAUCUGUGUUAUGAAAUUACUUAAUAACAAGCAGGUGGCUACUUUUCUAAAAUAUUGGAGUUUAUCUUUUGAAUAAAAUGACUGUCUUACCAAAAAUAUUUUACAUGUUCUUGAUAAUGAGAUUGUCAUUUUCACUUUAAAAGGCUUGAGCAAUUGCCGCUGAUAUUUUUUUAAAGUGCAUGACAGAAUGGUCUUCAUACUACUUGGAAUAUUUUUUCUAAUCACUGUUUCUUGGUAACUGCAAAUUUUACAUCUCAUAAAGGGAAUUUUUAUACUAAAUUUAAGAACUAGUUGAUUUAAUUGCUAGUCUUAGAAUAAAACUAUACAGUUACACUAUGCUAAAGGAAAUCAUUUCUAUUUAAAAUUGCUUUUGCCUGUUGAUUUGAUGUCUACCAAGAACAUUUCCCAGAGAGCUCGUCAGAUGCUCCCAUUUGGGAAUGUGAGGUCUGCCUGAUGGCUUAUCCUCCUGUUCAGCAUUUGCUUUCCACACGGGGUUGCCAUGACAACCCUCGGUCAAUGCAGCAGGGAAGAUGCUGGUAGCAGGUUCUCUAGGGAAGGGUACCUGUGGGCUCUCACUGGCUCGGUGGUCUCUUUGUGCUAGGUGACUGCAGUGAGGGUGGCUCACUUGGAGAAGGUGACUUUGGCGGGGUCUCCCCUUCAUGACGCUGGGAACCAUGCAGCCGUCACACAGGCCCACGGGAUUGCCCUGCACCCAAGACAGCUGUCUCCUGGGUGGAGACAGCAAGUUAGAGCCGCCUUCUGAGCCAGAUGGUUUAGCUACAUGUUGAAGUCUGCAAGGAAAAUCAGCAUUUUGAAUUUGAGAUGGUAACAGCUGUUGCUGAUAUAGAAGAAUGUAGGUUUUUAAAGGUUUUGUUUGUAAGAGUAGCACUUUUUCCAAUGAAUUUGCUAUGUGACAGAACCUUUGAAGCACUAGUUAAGGUAGACCCCACCAAUAACCUGACAUGAAAUACAUGAAAUCAUGAACUUAAAAAGUCGCCCUCCACCUCUACCCAGUACUGCUUUUCACAAGCAUGUGUCCAUCUCUGUGCUUCUUAAUUGCUCGUUCAGAAACCCUCCAUCUUACAUGUGUAUUGUUGUAAAUGAGUCUGGCACCCAUUUAAAUUAAUCAACUUUUUUUUUAAUGCUAUGAAAAUAACCAGUUCAUUUCAUCUGAGUUUAAGUCUUUUCUUUUUUCCUUUUUUACUGCUGUCAUUUCUUGUGCUUGUUUUCUCCCCAGUGAGGGUUGUCGAAGAGAAAAUACAAUGAAGAAUGUUGGAAGUCGCAAAUAUGCAUUUAAUUCCCUGCAGCUGAAGGCUUUCCCCAAGCAUUACAGGCCUCCUGAAGGGACUUACGGAAAAGUUGAAACAUGAACACACGGUUUCCUCUCAUUAGCUGUCACGUAAUAAAUGUGGGUACCCUCUAGUGUCAUAUAUGAAUUCUUCAAGAAGAUCUGAAGGAUUGGUUUUUAUUUUUGUUUUUCUAACUAUUUCACUCAAGAGUCUAUGGAGCAUGUUUUUGGUGUUGGAAUCCAUAGCAGGUAAUGUUGGGCUUGAUAGUGUGAACAGUAACAACUGCCCAUUUGACUAGCCUUCAGCCGUAACCACGUGGAUUACCAGUAGUUACCUAUAUAAAUCAAACUAGGUACUUCUGAAAUGCUAGAAGACUUUUUAAAAUGCCCACUUAGGCAGCUGCUCACCUAACUUAUUUUUCUACCAAGUAACUCAAAAUUGAGCAUUGAUUUACAGUCUACUUUUUAAAAAUCUCAGUGUAAAACAGGAACUGAUAGUUGAAGUGAUUGGAUCCUGGGCAGACCACUGAAUGUGUUAAAUGUUAACGGAGGUUCUGGGGACAGAAGCUCGCUGUGCCUUACGCAGCGAGGCAGGUGCUUCUGAUGCAGUAGCCUGUCUGUGGUGCGCAGGUGAAACCAGGACUUGAGGUGAAGGCUGCUAAGUCAGCCUGAGCCAGGGCUUUAUCAGAAGGCACACCUGCAGAGCCGCCCACACAGUGGGGGCCACUUGGUCCCUUACAAGCUAGGGAACGGGUGUCUGCUUGAGGACGCGAGGCCAGCUGUCUCCUGUUGCCCAACGCCUCAUGUCUAGUCCCCCAGGCCCAGGGCACGCAUCCCCUUCUCCUCCGGGUCUGGACCUCGCAUGUGGCAUGUCUGAUGCCUCAGUCCACAGUGGGGAUUUGGGGUAUAGAUAGUGGAAGCCUAAAUAUUUUCAGAAUAGAUGUCUUUGGUGGGUUUCCCAAUGUUUCGUCCUCUAAGACAAUACAAUCAUGUUUGAAUGUCCGAUGAAAGUGUCUUUUUAGGUUUGCAAUAACUGUUAUUCUACUCAUUCUGUUAUGUAAGAUGGCUCUUGAGAAAGCUGAAUCUCCUAAAAUGAGAUUUUGAAAAAGGGAUUCAUGGGCCAUAAAACUUAUGAAUUGCAUAGAAAAUUAUGUCUGGUCAUCUAUUAUAAGAUGAUGAUGAGUCUUAUCUGCACAUGGCAGAGUUUUUUUUUCUCUGUUUAUGUUUUAUCAAUUGUUUUAUCAUUAUUAUGUUUAUAUGUUAUUUAAAAGGCUGUAAAAGAAAUACACAUGGCACCUCUUCAUGAUCCCAAUCCUCAUGAUUUGUGAACCGGUAGGAAGUUCCUCUGUCUGGAAUUCUAAUGCGGCUCUUGGGGCUCCUCUAGAAAUGCCACUUGGAAACAUGUAACAAACUUGGGAGCUGAUGCACAGGCAGGACCACCCCUGGGCAGAGAAAGAGAGGGCAGCAGGUUAAGGGUGGGACUGGAUGACCUUCCAGAUCCUUCCUCAGAAAUCAGUGCGUAGAUGGAGCCUGCCCUCUCCUGAGACCCCACUGGGGGUGUGAGCUGGUGUGGAGGGCGCAUCAGUGAGGCCCGGCUGGCGCUUGCGGGCCCCUGCACAGCAGUUGUCGUCCACCAGACCGCAGCGCAGGUGGCAGCAGCUGGUGUCAGAUUGCCCUUUUGUGUCUGUCCCUGUGCAAAGACAGUUUCCACUAUGGCCGAUUCAGUCUCUCACCUCUCCACCGGUUCAGCUAAUUUGUAAGUUUCCACUACCUAUGUAUUUCCAUCUUUACUCAUUUUAACAUCACUACCUUUAAAAAUACCCUUGUAUUUUUAACUAAAUGUUACCCAUACAGCUUUCAGAGUUUUUUGUUUUCUUUUUUCUUUUGGCCUGAACAGCAUUAAAUAUCUGCAUUUAUCAAAAGGGAAUAUAGCAAAUGUUGAAUCAUCAGUUUUGCAUGUGGCUCCUUUAUGUGAAUUAUGUUCCUAAUUUUGGCUUCGUAUUAUGGAUCAUCAGAAAAGUCGAAGGCUUGGCUAAUCACGUAGAGAAUGUUCAGGUUCCAGUAUUUCACCGGCCAUUACUCCUGGGCUCUUGUGUGAGUCUCAGGGCACCACCACACACUCACCGAGCUUGCUGAGCAGGCCACAUUGCCCCAUUUUGGUGGCCACAGACCCUCAGCUCACGUGGGAGCUUUGAGUUUUCAGUUGCAGGAGGAGGGCACUUUGACAGGUUCCCAUAAAACAAAGGUUCCAUCCAGUGUUGCUUAUGAGGCCCCCAUUUAAAAAGAACCAUGGAGACACAUGGACAACUCGGAUGCGAUGUGGAUUCUGUCAAAGCGCCUGCAGCACAGUUGCCUUUGGUUUCCUUUAAAAAUGUACAAAUAUUGUAUAAUACAGUUUUAUUCCUCCACAGUUGUAUUUGCCAAGCUUAGUGCAGUAAGGUCCUUUUAUUUAUUUGUUUGGGGCAGUAUUAAUAUAAAUAAACAGAUAGUUACUGUUUUAUAUAUUCUUAGGUCAUUCAAAGCCAUGUAUGCUGUAAAUGUGCUAGUCUUUAGAAUGACAAAUAAUAAACAACUGACAAGAACAUUAAA